AAAUCCCACGUGACUGGCCCUGAGCUCAGAUCAUCAUGGCGUCUCCCAGUGGGAAGGGUUCUUGGACGCCCGAGGCUCCUGGCUUUGGGCCGCGGGCUCUAGCACCGGACCUGGUGGACUCGGUGGACGACGCCGAGGGCCUUUACGUGGCUGUUGAGCGGUGUCCUCUGUGCAACACCACUCGCCGGCGGUUGACUUGCGCUAAGUGCGUCCAGAGCGGUGAUUUCGUCUAUUUCGACGGCCGCGACCGGGAGAGGUUUAUUGACAAGAAGGAAAGGCUUAGUCAACUGAAGAACAAACAAGAAGAAUUUCAAAAAGAAGUACUAAAGGCCAUGGAAGGAAAACGGCUAACAGAUCAGUUGCGAUGGAAAAUAAUGUCCUGCAAGAUGAGGAUUGAACAGCUGAAGCAAACGAUAUGUAAAGGAAAUGAGGAAAUGAAGAAAAAUUCUGAAGGCCUCCUCAAGAACAAGGAAAAGAACCAGAAGCUUUACAGCCGAGCGCAGCGACACCAAGAGAAAAAGGAGAAGAUUCAGCGGCACAACCGCAAGCUUGGGGACCUGGUGGAGAAGAAAACCAGUGACCUGAGGGAACACUACGAUCGGUUGGCGUGUUUGCGGAGGUUACACAUCCUAGAGCUCACCUCUGUCAUCUUCCCAAUGGAUGAAGUGAAGACUUCUGGGAGGGACCCUGCAGACGUGUCCUCAGAGACUGACAGUGCCAUGACCUCCAGCAUGGUGAGCAAACUUGCUGAGGCCCGGAGGACGACAUACCUCUCCGGAAGAUGGGUCUGUGACGACCACAACGGCGACACCAGCAUUAGCAUCACGGGCCCUUGGAUCAGCCUGCCGAACAAUGGGGACUACUCUGCUUACUAUAACUGGGUAGAAGAGAAGAAAACAACCCAAGGACCUGACAUGGAGCAUAACAACCCUGCCUACACCAUCAGCGCCGCGCUCGGCUAUGCCACGCAGCUGGUCAACAUUGUGUCUCACAUCCUUGACAUCAACCUUCCCAAAAAGCUGUGCAACAGUGAGUUCUGUGGAGAAAACCUCAGCAAGCAGAGGCUGACCCGCGCAGUGAGGAAACUGAACGCAAACAUCCUUUACCUUUGUUCUUCUCAGCAUGUUAAUUUAGAUCAGUUGCAACCCCUGCACACACUGAGGAACUUGAUGCAUCUGGUCAGCCCGCACUCCGAGCACCUGGGCAGGUCAGGACCUUUUGAAGUGCGAGCAGACCUCGAGGAGUCCAUGGAAUUUGUGGACCCUGGAGUUGCUGGGGAAUCAGAUGUGAGUGGAGAUGAGCGUGUGAGCGAUGAGGAGACUGACCUGGGCACAGACUGGGAGAACCUGCCAAGCCCACGAUUCUGUGACAUCCCUUCCCAGCCGGUGGAAGUUUCCCAGAGCCAGAGCACCCAGGCGUCCCCUCCCAUAGCCAGCAGCAGCGCUGGUGGGAUGAUCUCCUCUGCUGCGGCCUCAGUGACCUCCUGGUUCAAAGCUUACACUGGACACCGCUAACGAGUGGGGACCAAAACUGCUCAUUUUGUGUCUGGGAAUCCCCCACUGCACUCAUGACCUUGUCUGUGUAGUUGGUAGAGCUUGGGAGCUAUCGUCAGGACAGGAGGAGGAGGGCCUGAGCUGGGGCUUCCUGGCCCCAGGUCCUCCGAACGCUGGUCCCUAGGUGCCGAGUCUUCCUGACACUGAGUUCUAGGCUUUGGUCAGAGCACACAGAAAUUUCUUGGUCAUGAGGACUGAAAGACAAAGGCUGAGUUUGUUUUUCUGUCAUCCUCUUGAGAGACCGGCCAGCAGGCCAGUGGCAGUUUUGGCCUCAUCAGGGAGAGGUGGUUGUCUGGGGAGGGAGGAGGUGAAAGCUUACUGCUGUCGUCAUUGUGUGUCACAUUCCUGAUUUCCUACUACACACCAAAGAAACCGAGGUUUAUUUCUGUGGACCCAUAUCUGCGAGUGGGGGAAUCUGCAGGGAUAUUGGCUGUCUAAACAGUUUUCUCUUGUAUUCUGAAGGGAGAUGAGUCUUCGGAGUUCUCUGUCCUGCACUCCCGGGACCUUCUUCCUUGUCAUUCCCUGGAUGAGCUGAAUGUUCCCUGAGCAUUGGUUGACCUCUUGAUGAUUAAGUGGUCCCUUGCUUGCUGUCUGGUUUCUUCCUUGGUGGUGGUGGUGGUGGUGGGGUUGACUAGUAGCAGGUGUUUCCAGGGAAAUCUCCCUGCUUGUCUGCGGGGUCUCCAAGGCUCUGAAGACAGCGCAGAGUGUGGCAGCCGAGUGGCUGCCCCAGGAAGUGCUCAGCUGUCAAGGGGUUUCCCAAGAGGCCGUUCUAAUGACAAUCUUAGAGAAAGCUAGAACAAGAGAGGCAUUAUGUUUAAUUCAUCGUAAGUAGUUUUUAUUUUUCUUAACUUCCAAAAGGAAGUUCUAUGUAACAGACUCCUGUGAGAAAACCCCAGGCCUUGUCACCGUAUCUUCCUGUUGGGACUGGUGUGGUGGUACCUCCCAGCUCCUGCUGACUCACUCUCUGGGUGGUACUUUGCCUGCAGACUGAGGCACUGUGGAGCUUCUGCUGUAGUAGAGCUGUAGAGAGGACUCCAUCCUCGCCAGGACCCCACGUCCCCUAGCUCUAGAUACUCCGGCUGUGGAGGAGACGGACGGCUGGAGCCUGUUCUGUGCUCAGCUCUGCAACUGCUGGGCCUGUGUUUGCCGCUUGUAGACUGAGAGACUGAGCGUGCCGGAACAAACCUCUGCAAGAGACCGCGAGCUCAGAGGAGCUGCAGGAAGCACAGAGGUCGCCAGCUCAGGCCGACGGCAAUUCUAACUGCAGAUGCAGGAGCACCGGGCUGGACAGGGACUUUGUUUUAUUUAGUUUCAACUAGAGGCACGUUUGUCACUUUCCCUCACACUAAGUGAUCCAGCACGGACCACCUAGGCUGCUCACCUACUUGGGAUUUCGUUAUUUUGCACUGGACCCCCUGUUGUAAAUAGUCUCGACUACACAUUUCAGCCACUGUUUCAUUUCCCAUCCUCUUUGCUGCUCAUUAGAACCUUUUGUGUAGGUGCCAGAACCAUACACAAACAGCUUUCUGGAAAAAAGUGAAGCUGGUAUUUUUUUUUUUUAAACCAAAAGCCAUAGAAGUUGAUCAUGGUUUUCAUUUUAAAAUGAUUUAUUGGAACAAGGUAAUACUAAUAGACACUCAGAGGCACCACACAGGCUGCUUUACAUGGUCUUACAUAGAACCAAGAAAUGUAACUUACCAUGGUAUGGGGGUCAGCAUUAGGCAGGGUUCGGUGUGCAUUGGGAAAGAACUGUCACAUCAGAACCGUCUUGCUGCAACCGAAACUUGCAAGUCAGGUUGAUCAUACAGAUGUUUUCUAAACUUUUGUUGUAUUACUGCAAUAAAGCCUUUAACAGU